GGGGCCCGGUUGCCAUGGCGAGCGCGGCGCUGAGGCCGCUGUGCCUGUGCUGGGCCCUGGGCGCCGCCGCCGCCGCCCCCAACAUCCUCCUGCUCCUCAUGGACGAUAUGGGCUGGGGGGAUUUGGGAGUUUUCGGAGAGCCUUCAAAGGAAACCCCUAACCUAGACCAGAUGGCUGCAGAAGGGAUGCUCUUCCUGGAUUUUUAUACUGCCAACCCCCUCUGCUCUCCCUCCAGGGCAGCCCUGCUGACAGGCCGGCUCCCAGUCAGGAAUGGCUUUUACACCACAAAUGGACACGCCAGGAACGCAUACACACCACAGGAUAUAGUGGGAGGAAUCCCAGAUUCUGAAUUACUGCUCCCAGAGCUCCUGAAGAAAGCUGGUUACACCAACAAGAUCAUUGGCAAAUGGCACUUGGGGCACCGGCCCCAGUUCCACCCCCUGAGGCACGGCUUUGAUGAGUGGUUUGGGUCCCCAAACUGUCACUUUGGGCCCUACGACAGCAGAGAGCGCCCCAACAUCCCGGUGUACAGGGACUGGGAGAUGCUUGGCAGAUACUAUGAAGAUUUCAAAAUUGAUCUGAAGACAGGUGAAGCCAACUUGACUCAGCUCUACCUGCAGGAAGCUCUGGAUUUUAUUAGCAAGCAGCAGGCCAGCCAGCAACCAUUCUUUUUAUACUGGGCAAUUGAUGCUACCCACGCUCCUGUUUAUGCCUCCAAGCAGUUCCUGGGCACGAGUCAGAGAGGGCUGUAUGGGGAUGCUGUGAGGGAGAUCGAUGACAGCAUUGGCAAAAUCCUGAAGCACCUCCAGCAGCUGGGGAUCAGUGAGAACACCUUUGUGUUUUUCACCUCUGAUAACGGGGCUGCUCUCAUUUCAGCUCCCAAACAAGGAGGAAGCAAUGGACCUUUCCUGUGUGGCAAACAAACCACCUUCGAGGGUGGCAUGAGGGAGCCUGCGAUUGCCUGGUGGCCCGGCCACAUCCCCGCAGGAGGGGUCAGCCAUCAGCUGGGCAAUGUGAUGGAUCUGUUCAGCACCAGCCUCUCCCUGGCGGGUCUGCAGCCUCCCAGUGACAGACAGAUUGAUGGCAUCGACCUUUUACCUGCCAUGCUGCAGGGCGAGCUAAUUGACAGGCCCAUUUUCUAUUAUCGUGGCAACGAGCUGAUGGCAGUGAGAGCUGGGCUUUACAAAGCUCACUACUGGACCUGGAGCAACUCCCUGGAGGAGCACAGCAAGGGCAUUGAUUUCUGUCCUGGCCAGAGUGUGGCUGGAGUGACAACACACACCCAGGAGGAGCACACUUACCUGCCCCUGCUCUUCCACCUGGGCAGGGACCCUGGUGAGAAGUACCCUUUAAGUUUUGCCAGUGAGGAGUACCAGAGGGCUGUGGAGCACAUCUCGGGGCUGGUCCAGCAGCACAGGGCCACCCUGGUGCCAGGCCAGCCCCAGCUGAACGUGUGUGACCAGGCUGUCAUGAAUUGGUCCCCUCCAGGCUGUGAGAAGCUUGGGAAGUGCCUGAAAGCACCAGAGUCUGAUCCUAAGAAAUGCUCUUGGCCUCACUGAUGGCUGCAGCCCUCCAGAGCUACCCAGAGGCAGCUGGACAUGCAGUUGGCAAUGCCUGCUCCUGUUGGCACUCCUGUUUACACAGGAAGGGUGUGUGAUGUGUGCAUGAUAUCAUCACUUGCUCUUCCAAAAGGGCCAGUGUUUAUAUUCCUCCUGCUCAGGGUUUAGCCUCUACUCCUCUCUUCUCCCAGCUCUUUCCCUAAAUGGUAACUCCAGUGAGGAUUGGUUCAGCUGUAAAAGCUCUCUGGACAGCCACGACUCUGCCAUCAGCUCCAAAAUGCCAAGGAUCACUCCUGCUCCUUCCAGCCCACCUUGCUCACUGGGGUGCCCCAACAGGAGCCAUGGGACAGGUCAGGAAACUCAGAGCUGCCAGAGAGCCCUGCCCAAACUGCCCGUGUUUUGUUUGCCUGUAACUUGUUGUUUUAACAUUUCAUUUCCAUUGUGAGCUCUGGACAUCAACUUGUUUUUCCUUUCUCUUGAAAUUUGUGAGUUCUGGGUGCAAACAAGGGAUCCCUCCUGUUCACAGCUGAGGGGUUUGGAUCCAGGGAGAAUACCCUGAGUUCCUUCCAUGUGUAGCUGCAAACAUUCCCUAGGUUGUGGUGUAAGGAAAGGUGAGGAUUGUGUUCAGGUGAGUGCUGGACUGGGGUUACAGCCCCUGCCAGGGCUUGAAGGAGCUCCGAGAGAGCUGGAGAGGCACUUUGGAAAAGGGCCUGGAGUGCCAGG